AUGAUGUUCCCUGUGAAACUUUCCAUAUUCAGCAUCAUAUUGUACUCCUGUCAAUAUCCUGAACACGCGAAUGAACUUGUCACAUCAUGGAAACAUUCGGCCGAGCAACAUGACACUGUCGGUAUCAGGAUGCGUAGAUUAUUAACCGUUGAAGUGGAUAUGCAAGCACCACCACAACCAAAUAAUACAUUACUGCUCAGUCCUGGUAAGGGUCCACAUAAAAAAGUCGCAUCGGGACAAAAGCCAGGAAAGUCCGGUAAACCCAAAUCCAAGGUUGGUGAAGCAGGGUCAUUGCCACCGUCCCCACAGGAUGGUGCACCAAGUGAACAUGAGGAAAAGAAGCAUGGAGGCAAUGCGGUGAAGAGUGCAACGGAUAAGCAAACACCAGAACAGAAUAAAUCCCCCGUUAAUCCCAAUGGAGGUCCCCUUAAAGAACCUGUGCUUGGCACAUAUUCCGGAAAAUCACAGCCCAAAGCUGCAUCGGAAGGUUUACAAGUGGCCUCACAAAAUAAGGCACACAUUAAAGAAACGAGCGAGCAAACUAGGGGACUGUGUAGUACACUAGCGCGAACUUUAAGUAGAAAUAAAUGGUGGAUCCCCGCUACAUUGGCCGUUCUUGGUGUCUAUAUAGCAACGCUGCCUCACCUUCCCAAAGCUGGGAAUUUAGAAGGAUGGAUUGCGUCUUUAUUAAUAGUUAUCCCAGGCAUCGCACUUACGCUUCUGGUUGUGCUAUUUUGGUCUAAAUGCCGGAAGGGAAGAUCAGGAGUGCCCAAGAAAGCUCUAAAGGGCAAAAUUGCAUCAGAGGCAGAUCAGAAGCCCAAAGCACCUAAGACACCGGAGAUACCCGACAAGCAGGACGCACCUAAAACGGACGGAGCAUCGGAGAAACCGGAGACACCUAAGAACCCGGAAGCACCUAAAAAGGCCGGAGAAUCCGAUAAACCGGAAACACCCAAAGAAUCGGAAGUAUCUAAGAAACCGUAG